AUGAGGAUUGAUAGUAUUUUCCGCUCUACUGUGGUCCUGUGGAGUAUACUGACCCUCCCCAUCCGACCAAAAUCUCUCUUAGCACCUCCAAAAGCACGGCAACAACGAGAGGCCCCUGAUGAAGAACAGGCUCAUUGCUCGAGCACGAGCUCUAGACACUUCGACAAAUGGCUGACUAGAGCUGGGCAAGCCAAACAACGACCCUGCCCAAAGGAGCCACCCAUGAACCGCACCGAAAACCGCCCAAAGGAGCCACCCCUGAACCGCACCGAGAACCUGCAGACCGAAACAGCUCGACACCAAACCGACCACGAUUACCGAAACCACCAAAGGAGACCGCAACCACCGCCGUCAGACCCGUCCGUUUCAGCACCAGAGACGACUCGGAUCCAGAGGAACACCCAGUCGCUAGCCUCAGACCUGACCACCACCCGCGGCGGACAGGAACAGCAGCUACAGGCCCUCUGCACCACCACUCGAUCCCAGAGGACACCACCAUGGACGCCAAGGGUUUGA